UACGCUCAUAUUAAAGCUUAGGUGUCCGUUACGCGCCAAACUCAAGAUGGGAACUCUGCACAUGCUACACCCUGUGUCAGCGUAACAGUUAUUAUUUUUGUAUUGUGAGGAAGAAGCAGCAUCAUUGCCUACAGCUUUUAUCUUGAAGCGCAGUAAAAAGCCCGAAAAUAUGUCUUGUCUAACCCCUCAGACAAGGGGGAGGGUUGAAGUUGUUGUUGCGACAGGGCAUUGUAGUAGUUGGGCACGGUACUAGACUAAAUUGUCGUAAUUGAUUUCAAUUCAUCCCCGCAUGUGUAAGUCUUACGUACGAUGUUUAAAUCAAAACAUAAAAGAUGGGUGCGCACCGCGGCGGCUGAUUCAACACAGAGCAUUGGAACCGGUAAAAUGUCGAUGUGUCGCGCUUGCCUGUGCCUCCUUCCUAGUCCUUCUGAUGCAGCGCACGACUUGCACAGCGAAAAGGACCUUGCCUUAAAGUUUUUGGCUUGCACAGGACGUGGUGUCGACGCCUUGCUGCCGCUCCAGGACGAGGCCACCCAGGUGGUGCUCAAAUACAUUUGCGAGAGUUGCUAUCAAUUGGUACAACAAUUCCAUAAUUUUCAACGGAUGUGCGAAGAGUCCUUGCUGAACUUCGAGAAGCUGCUGCUAGAGGCAAGUCCUCGCCGUAAGGAUAAUGAGCCGCUGUUAGAAAAGCACACCAAGGACGCAGACGAUGUUAUUCCAACGCCAAAGGAAAUCAAAAAUAUCGAAGAAGUUUACAUAGUAGAAGAUGAGUCCACCAAACAGGAACAGGCGGAGCACUUUCUCGCGUCACAAAGUGAGGAGAAGGUAUCGCCACCAUCUCCACAUGUGAUUGUGGCUUUGAAACGCCGUCGUGGUCAGCGCCGCACCCUUUCCUGCAACCUUUGCCCGCAACGCUUCUACAAAGCUAAUCUUCUAGAGGCGCAUAUGAAGGAGCACAGAGGAGAGAAGCCGUACACCUGUGUUCAUUGCGGGAAGGCCUAUGCGCGUUCCAAUUUGUUACGUUCGCACCUGCAAGAGGUUCAUAUUCGCCUGAAGGCCAGCUAUCCUUGUCCGCAUCCGAAUUGUAAUAAAAUGUACAGAGCAAUCCGAAGUUUGAAAUAUCACAUAAAUCAGCAGCACGGUGGCCGACAAUCGUCCUCUGCCGCAGAUGUGGACCUCAACUGCUCCCUCUACAUAUGCGACAAAUGCGGAAAAUCCUAUGGCAGCCAGGGCCACCUCACGCGUCACCAGUGGGUACAUGUUGGCAAGCACGAGCGCCCCUUCGAGUGCAACCAUUGCGCCCAGCGUUUCUACACUAAGCAGUUCCUGGCCGAUCACCUGGUGCGUCGCCACAGCUCAGCGUAUAUCCAGAGGUGUAAGAAAUGUGGUCGAAUCUUCCCUUCUUGCGACGAUCUGGCCAACCACAUGAAGGAGUUACACGCUUCAGCGACCCCGAAUAUCUGGAAAUGUGAUACCUGCCACAAAAGCUUCAGCACUCGCAGCAAUUUGCGUUGCCACCAACGGGUAGUCCACGCUUGCGUGCGUCCUCAUAGCUGCAGCUUCUGUCCGGCGAAGUUCGGCAAGCGUCAGUGCUUGGAGCACCACGAAAUGCGCCAUACGGGCGAGCGGGCAUUCAAGUGUUUGGCCUGCAAACGGGCCUUUAUUCAGAAGGGGGCUUAUCAACGGCACAUGCGGGCGCAUAAGAAAGAGAAGCUGCGGGUCUGAAAUACUCAGAAUAGCUAGAACAGCUUUUAGCCUAAUCAAAAUUGGGUACCUAUUAGAUAAGAAUCAGACCGUUUAUUGUUGGGCAUAACAAGUUUGUUAGUUGUUUAGUUAUCAUAUAUAGACAGCUUCUUAUAACUGCCGUAGAGGGUCGAUACAAGAAUGCCUAAUGGUUUAUCAAAAGCCCCAGAAUUAGCUUUCUUCUGUCGUUUAGUAUAGUGAAGGUUGAUGAAGAGAAUUAUGUCAUUCGUAGUACAACAAAUUCUGUUACGUGUACAAUUGGAUAUUAAAAUGAAAAUUCUAUAAAGUUCUGACACCCGAAAAACCAAUAGUCAAGAAAUUGCUUCCAUACGAUCAGAUCACCUUAUAGAUAUAGGCUGUUAAAAAUAUAUAUGCGAGGAUCGACAUAUUUUAAAUUCCCUAUUAGAAUUGCUACUCAAAUUUGGUCUUUUUUACAUAUAUAUUUUUCAAUAACUUCAAGCCAACACACUUGUUACAAUUUAAAAUUACUUUUGAAUUACAUACUUAAAAAUUUUUACGAGUUGCGAUUAGAUUAGAACGGGCGCCGCAUGCGACUUAUAUUUGCAUAUGAGUAGUGUUUGAUGAAGGAAGUGGGCGAAGGGUUUAUGCAGGGA